UGUGUUCACGCGUGAUAAGGUUAAGGAGGAAAAAGUAAUAAAAAAGUGAAACUGUUGACGCGCCGUUUGUUAAUAGAUAUCAGGUAAUACGGCAAUGGGCGGUAAGCGGCCUUCGAAUAUAAAUUUCGUCGAUUCUCUACAACAGGUCUGGUGUAUGCGUGUUACUGUUUUUGUUUUGGUGUUGGUCGUAAGUAAGAAAAAAAAACUAACCAACUAAAAUAGUUUAAAAUAAAAUCGUUCAUCGAACCGACAUGACAAAAUAUGUGCCAAUGUUGUUGUGUCUGUGUCCAGUCAAUUCGUGAAACAAGUGCACGCGGUGGUGUCUCAACGCAACACUUGAAUACAUCGAUUUGUGCGAUUUCUUGGCACGACCGACGUCCACUGUCGAGAUGACCGAUAACAAGAAACCGUCACCAAUGGUCAUCGGCUACUGGAUGUCGGACCGAAAGAGCCAGAAGCUCAACUGGGUCGAAUUCGGUAAAGUGUGCAGAAAACAUGGAUAUGAACUUGUAAAAUUGGACCUGGAUAAACCGUUAGAAAACCAAGGACCUUUUGCCGUAAUCCUACACAAGUUGACGGAAAUAAUUGCUAGAAAAGAUGAACAAGCUGUACAAAUCAUCGGUAGGAUCGAGCAGUAUAUUAAGAAUCAUCCAAAAGUACUGAUCAUUGAUCCGUUAGACAGUGUACGUACCCUGCUCGAUCGUUUCAAAACAUAUAGUGUCGUGUUGAACACCAGCCUGAACAAUAUUGAUGUGUUUACACCAACUUUUGUGGAAAUUCUGUCUAACAAUGUGGAAGAAAACAUAAAAAAGCUGAAAAAUGCUGGCGUUACUUUCCCAUUUAUAUGCAAGCCGUACGUAGCUCAAGGUACAACAUACUGUCACCAGAUGUCUGUGAUUUUUAAUGAAUGCGGCGUGGCCGAUUGUAAGCCGCCUUGUGUGGCCCAAUCAUUUAUUAACCACAACGCUGUGUUGUACAAAAUAUAUGUCGUCGGAGAUCAUUACCAGGUGGUGGAACGACCGUCAUUAAAAAACUUCUAUCCUUCAAAUGAGGAUAAAAAAACAAUAACAUUUGACAGUCAUUCUGUGUCAAAAUCGGAUUCGAGUAGUGAGCUCAGCGUCUUAGACCCGUCAGAAAGUGCCAAACCGUCCAACAUAGAUCCAAUCAAAUUGCACAGUAUCGUAAAAACAAUAAGUAGUUACCUGAACAUGUCUCUCUACGGUAUUGAUAUUGUAGUCGAAAAUAACACUAAUCGGCAUGCAAUCAUUGAUAUCAACGCUUACCCCGGCUAUGAUGGGUUUCCGGAUUUCUUCGGCAAACUUAUAGACUGCGUCAUGACUCGUCUUGCUCAAUCGCCAUGCAAUAACAAAACAUAUUUCGAAGAUUCUGGUUUCGAUACGAGCGAUUCAAGCGAUGAAAAGAAAUCUCGUGCCAAGUUGGUUUCGAUGCACUAACAUUACAGUUAAAACUUUGAUCAAUUAUAAAAUUCAUCUAAGAAAUAACAUACAAAAAUUGUAUAAAUCAUGUUGUUUAUGUAUACAUUUAAUAUUUUGUCAAUCUGAUUUUUGAAAACAAUAUUUCGUAAGAAAAAAUUAUAUUGUAUUUGUUUUUAUUACCCUUUUUUAUUAUUAUUAAUAUUGUUCUAGUAUCUAUUUUUAUGCGUUUUAAAAUUAUUUUUUGUUUUAACAAUCUGGACUGUUCAUGCUACAGAACACCAA